AUGGAUGUGCCUCCCAUCAGGUGGGAUGCCAUGAACAACUGCACAGACGAGCAGUACUGGGACAGCCUCGUCUGCCAGUGCAUCCCCUGCAGCCUGGUGUGUGGCCGGCCCACGGUGCAGAGGUGCGCGGCCCUGUGUGAGUCCAUGGACUGCAACAGUAGAGAUGGCUUCUACUAUGACAAGCUCCUGAGAAACUGCAUCAACUGCACGGCGGUGUGCGGGCAGCACCCGAAGCAGUGCGCCCGGGCCUGCGAAGCAGGGGCCGUGAUGGCCACCCCUCCACCGCCGGCAGCCCUGGCGACGGCCUCGUCCCCCCUUGUGCUGGAGCAGAAGGCGUGCAUGGAGCUGGAGCCAUGGCUCGUGGUGUACCUGCUCCUGGGGCUCUGCCUCUGCGCCCUCCUCUGCUCCCUGCUCCUGGGCUGGACACACCUGCGGAGGAAGGGAGAGGUGGUCUCGUGCCAAGCCAGUGCCGGGACCUGCCACCGCAGGGAGGACUCCUGCAAGGAUCGCCUGGUGGAAGCGGGCAGCGUUGGUGACGGAUCCACUGGCAGCAGGCUCCCAGAGCCUGUGGAAACCUGUGGCUUCUGCUUCCCUGGACAUGGCUCUGCUGUACAAGAGACCAAAUCCUGCCACAGCACCUCCUGUCACAUAGGGGAAAGAGCUGUUCCCUCUCACACUGGAAUAUGCAGCACGGGGAGAGCUGGGGCCAUUCCCAGCCCUGACGAUGGCCGCUUCAAAAUCAUCUGCUCUCCGUCACAAGAGAAGACGCCCAUGGCAUGA